AUGAAGUAUUUAUUCAUUUGCAGUGUUUGCCUGGCGGGUAUCCUGCUGCACCUCCUGCCAGCCUCUCAGAGUGCUUCGUAUGAAAUCAUUGCCGAUGAGAGAACCUUGAAUCUCGUCUGUGACGAUCAGGAUAAUCAUGGCAAUACCCCACUCCGGCAGAUCAUCGACAUCAGUGGCCUGCACUUCGAUGUGGCCGAGGACAUGGAGACCAUCUACUACAACGGGGACAUCAAGAUGAUGGGCAGUCUGGUGCGAGGUGCGCCGAUCACCUUGGAAGCGGAUGUGUAUCGCUGGGAGCGCAGUCAGUGGCUGCCCACAGGAGUCUCCGUAAAGCGGGACAACUUCUGCGAGGCCAUCAAGAAUCCAAUGGAAAUUUGGCAUCCGAUCUUUGUGAAAUUUGGCAUUAAUGUUAGCAAGUGUCCUCCGAAAAAAGGGAGUGUGUUUACCUUCAGGAAUGUGAGCAACCAUGUUUUCGUUAGAAACAUGCCCUUCGCCGAUAUCGCCGGUGACCUCAAGGCUGUGGUUCAUUUGGGCAACGGUGGCAAAAAUACCUGUAUGGUGGUUUACCUCAAGGUCUACACCCAUUGAGGCUUCCGUCUGGCGGAUAUGGAGGUGGAUUGUGGCUUUGGGAGAUGGGGUGUACCCUGAUGGAAUACGUUUCUCUGUUUGUAUAGUUUACUAGGCACUAACUCUGCUCGACUUUUUAUGGCCAGAUUUUGUCAUGUUUGCUUAGCUUCAAUGGCGCGUCCCCUGUUUAUGGUUAAAUAACUAAAUGAUUUGCAAAUAAAAGCGAAAAAUGAGACAAUUAUUUCAUAUUCAUGCACUCGA